AUGGCCGCGACACCCCUCGAAGCACCCGCGCCCAGUUCCGCCGUGCUCUUUGAUAUCUACAACGAUGGACUUGCCGCCCGGGAUGCCGCACCUGCCAAUCUGCCCGGAGGGCCCUGCAACUACGUGGACCUGAACCAUGGUUCCGGCGGAGCGCGCUGCGGCUGCCGUCGCUUCUGGAGCCGGAACCCUCCCACCGCCGCCCCGGGAUUUCCAGGCAGCAGUGCCAAUGCUGCGGACCACGCCGUGUGGUGCAUGUGCUCCCACCACGCCUGCUUCCACGACGACCUCCGGACACAUACCCCACAGGUCUCUGCCGGCCUGCCUACGCCCGCGCCCGCCGGGCUGCCCGUAACAGUCGGGCAGGAGAAUGAGAGGCCCAAGACAAACCGGGAACCCCUGACUCCCGUGCAGGACCAUCUGCCUUCUUUCCACAUGGCUUCGAACCUGGGUCUCUCCAUGGACUUCCCCGGCUUGAACGUGAACAGCUCCUUCCCGGCUAAUAUGUUUGACCUCGUGCCCCCGUCGCUGCCUGCCGGUCCCCGUGACAUCGCCACUAAUAAUGCUGCCACCCCCGCGCACGAGUCCACGCUGCCGGACACCCUGGACUGGAACAACGUCGCGCGGACCCCCUCGCGCGGACCGCCGGGCUCCCUGCCGCCCAUCCCGCCCCAGUGCCUAUUGCCUUCCCAGUCGCCGUCCACGGCGCAGUCCAGCCAGGGCAGGUAUAUGCGGCCCUUUGCCGGGAAGGGUCUGCAGACUUUGGGUCCGGCAAAGUCGCAGAUGAUGAUGAAGACCCUUCCAGAGGAGGCUGGCGGCGCUGCUAUCGGAUUGGACAGCGUGACGGGCGCGCUCGUAGAGACUGCUGCUGGGAACCUGAACCCACAGGACUCGUUUGAUUUUCUGGAUUUCCACGGUACUGCCGCCACCCCCAAGGCCCUGGAGACCCAGGAUGUGUCGCUCAAGAACAACAACCCGGCGGCGCCGAUGAGUGGCCCCGGGAGCAGCACCAUACAGCAGCUGUCGGAGACUGUCCAGAGCCACGAGCAUAGGUUGGACAGGCUAGAGAAUGCGUCCUUCUCCGUGGCUGGCCAUGAGGACUGCCAUGAGAGACACGAGCACGCAGACCUGCGCGUCACCGAGCUGGAGUCUAGGGUUGAGGAAGUGGAGAAGCGGCUCAACGACGACAACAGCACAGUCGCGAGCGGCCGCCGGGCUGGGGUUCACGAUGACGACGCUACCGUCAGCGUCGCGUCGCUGUCCACAAACGCGACCGUCCGAUACGCGGAGCAAUCUUCGGAGAUCUACAGCCAGCUGCAGGCCCUCCAGGCCCAGGUGAACUCGCUCCAGGCAUCCUCGCUGCCGACGUACCACAACCCUUGGGAGCUCGAGGUUGUCUUCCUGCCCUUCCCGCUCAAGGGCAUCUGGAUGGAGGCCCAACACUUUGCCACGCAGCAGCAGUCAGGGCGCGGCGCGGACGCAGAUGAUUGGACGCAGCUGCCCAGCACCCUGAGCCGGCAGACACCGGAGCCACAGUCGCCUUUUAUGUACGAGUGGUCCGACCAGGGCGUGCAGAACUCGUGGCUGCUGCCGCGGGCGUGUGCCCCAGGCCGCAUGAUCGACAAGAGACUGAAGAGCCGGGGCCUGAUCAAGACCCUCUCGGUCAGGGGCUCCGACGCGCGAAGCCUGCAGCAGGCAAUGGCCUCGUCGUUCGGAUCCACCCUCCGCACCAUCCCGCACAAGCCCGCUUCCUCCUCCUCCUCGCGCCGGGCGUCGACGGGCGGCAUCGGCCCCCUGAGCGACAAGUUCCUGGGCCUCCAGCAGCCCUGGAUCCCGCUGCGCAAGGUGCACAAGGACUCGCGCCUGCGCUUCCUCUCGCCCGCCGAGAUGCUCACCCCGGCGCUGUGGGACGCCGCGUUCCUCAUGUCGAGCGUCGUCAUGAGAGCGAGCGGCAUGCACCGCCUCUACGUCACGCAGCCCGAGGCCUACGUCCAGGACUACCGGGCCUACGAGGCCGGGUGGUCGUGGCACAAGCUGCGCGAGCUGAGCCGCGUGUACCCGGACUCGCAGACGAGCAGCGGCAGCGGCAGCGGCAGCGGCAGCAGCUUCGAGGUCCCCGAGGCGGACGCGGCGGAGGAGUGCUGGGCGUGGAACGACCGGCUGGACGAGUCGCCCGUGUCUGCAGCGGCGGCCGGCGGAGGGCUGAGUCUGCGCCAGGCGCAGGCUGCGGCGGCGGCGGCGGCGGCGUUCAACCGGUCGAGGUCGUCUGGUUCGUCGUCCCAGCAGUACUUUACGGGUCGGCAGUCGCCCAUCCUGUCGACGAGCCCCGUCGCGGCUGCUGCUGCGAGGGCCGGGUCGCCGAGCCUGGUCAUGAAGGGCCGGCACCACGUCCAGCGCCCGCCGCACGUGCGCACGUCGUCCAUGCCGCCGGCCGUGCUGCCUACUGCUACCGCUACUAGUAGUAUACUCUCGCCCGCGGCGGUACUCUCGCCCGCGGCGGGGCAGGCCAAGCGCCGCGUGGCGUCGUACUCGACGGCCGCGGCGAACCCCUACCACGAGCGCCGGUCCUCGCCGUUCCCGGGCGCAGGGGGCGGCAGCAGCAGCCGGCCCAGCCCGCGCGUGCAGAGCGUGCACUCGCCCGUGCUGCUGACGACGGCGGCGGCCAUCAGCAAGCGCCGCCGCGGGGCCACGCGGUCGCCGAGCCUGCGGCCGCGGACGACGCCGCGGUGGAGCAUGUCGCGCAGCCCGAGCCUGGCGCCGUUCCCGCCGCCCGAGCACGCCGGCGCGCGGGGCACGACGCCCUUUUGCUACGCGACGCCGUUUAGCAACGCGCCUGCCGACUUGGCCUCCGGGAGGCAGCAGCAGAUGGCUGGUGGUGGUGCUGUCACGGGCGCGGGGAUGCGCAUCUUUGAUGACGACGACGAUGAUGAUGAUGACGACGAUAUGGACUAUGAUGGGGAUGAUCGGGGGAGCUCGACGGAUCCGUAUGGUAGCGAGAUGGGGGGCCGGGAGUAUGAUGACAUUGAGGUUUAUGAGGAUGGGGAGGAGGAGGACAUGCUGGAUCGUCUGGACGGUAACAGGGGUGGUCGUGGUGUGCAGGCUGGUGCUGGUGCUGGUGCUGGUGCUGGUGGUAUGGGCCCGAGGCUGCCUGAGGACGAGCCGUGGCCGGGGAUCGAGGACGGCAUGUCGGACGGGGAGAACAUGGAUCCGAUGUCCUUGGCCGAAGGGGAGGAAGGGCAAGGGCAAGGGCAGGCGAGCCAGGGGAGCAGCGCGCCGUCCGAGUACCCUUCCACGCAGCGGGCGUGGCUCAUCGCCGCCGACGCGGAGCGGGCCGCGCUGGAUGACCCCAAUGGGUUUCGGAUACAUGAGGAUCAUGACGAUGAUGAUGAUGACGAUGAGGUGACGGGUGUUGGGGGGGAUGACGAGGAUGAGGAUGAAGAUGAGCAGGUUGAGGGGGCGUUGACGCAGUGGUAG